AUGGCGUUACCUGCGCCCGCGCGCUACGGUUACGUGAUCAGGGAGUACUCCGGGUGGUACCAGGUUUCCUUCAAGGGCGACGAUGGCUGCAGGUACGCCCACGCGCCUGAGUCCACGUCGCUGUGGAUCGAGCGUCCAAGCGCCGCGGUGACAGAGUCUGCGGAUCCCCUGACGGACGAGUCUCCGGUGUCGGAGUGCAGCGCCGAUGCCAUUUUGGGCAUCAUCAACAUCAACGGUUCGCUGUACCUGAACACUGUGGUGCGGUCUGAGCCGGUUGCCAAUGUGUCGUUUGACCAGGCGACAGCGGUCGACUGCCGGUCGUCGCCGAUCUUCAGCGUCAAGACUGUGCACAUGUUCCCCAUCGACGUGCCGCGUGACAAUGGCGGCAUGCCGAUCGGCCGUUACGACGACCCGGUGCUGCUGGGCGACGAUACUGUGGACUGGCAGAAGGCGCAGUUUGACAACUCCAAGAACGGCAACCCGGCGUCGCGCGACCCGGGUUGUGUUUACCCCGUGAUCGACAUCAACGCGGGGAUCAUCGGGGACCUCAACCGGCUGCUGACGACCGGGCACUACUACUCGCGCGCCGCCGACCUGACGCACUCGCUGCAGCGCCAGUGGGAGCGGGACAUGCUCCCCCUGCGUCCGAGGAGGUUCCCUGCUGAGUUUUCCGGGAGGCUCGCGUCGUCUCCCAACGGCCUGUACGACGGCUUCCCCGACGCGGACGAGCAGUCGAAGACGCUGUACGAGCUGGCCGACCCGAUGUUCAACUGGAGCCAGGGCAUGGCUCACAACAUCCCCCCUCACUGGCUCACGGUGCUGAUGCAGGGUUACGUGGGCUACUGCCAACAGAGCUGGCACGGCAAGCGCGUGGAGGUGCUGCUUAUCGGUCGCCGCAGCGUGUACCGCGCGGGCACGCGUCUGAACGCGCGCGGCAUUGACAGCGAGGGCCACGUGGGCAACUUCGUGGAGAGCGAGACCAGGCUGCGUGUGGACGGCGGCCCGUGGAAGAGUUUCGUGCAGUGCCGCGGCUCCGUGCCCGUGUUUUGGGGCCAGCGCAACAUCUUCACGCCGGCCUACUUCACGCGGCCUAUAAACGAGAGCGAGCAGGCGUUUUUGCUGCACCACAAGGACCUCAGGGACCUGUACGGUGACAACGUGUUCAUCUGGAUUUUGUCGCUGCUCGACGUGAAGGCCAGCGAGAUCUUUUUGGUGCAGGCGUUGGAGCACCUGAUGCAGACGUUCAGCAGCAUGCCCAUCCAGCUCAUCAAGUACAACUACAACGAGAAGGUGAAGAAGAGCGCCGUGGUGCCGGAGCUGCUGGCGUUUGUGAACACGAAGCUGAUGGGCAAGCUGCGUAGCAUGGGCUACUUCGACGGCUCCAUCAUGUCUGUGAAGGACGACGUGGCCGUGAGCAAGGGCGUGGUCGAGCACACGCAGCGCGGCGUGUUCCGCGUCAACUGCCUGGACUGCCUCGACCGCACGAACGCCAUGCAGCUGAUGGUGGCGUGGGUGUGGCUGGCCGACAUGCUCGACCCGCACGGGCUGACCAACAUGUACGAAUACACCGAGGACGGCGAUAACGACUUCAGCGGCUCGCUGCGCCAGUUCCGCGACAUGUGGUGCUCGCACGGCGACGCCAUCAGCCUGAUCCACGCGGGCACUGAGUCGAUUUACUCGCAGCACAUCCGCGAGGGCCGCCAGUCUUACGGGGCGUUCUUCCACUACACGAAGACGAUGGUCACCCGGGCGUGCAGCAUCGUGUUCUCCGACGAGGCGCGGCAGGCGUGCCUGAACCUGAUCCUGAACAACGCCGGCGGUUCCAAGGACUCGCCCAGAGCGGUUGAUACCGAAAUAACCGUGCCCGAGCCGCAGCCGUCGCAGCCGGCAAGCCUCGGCAACCUGGUGAUCUGGUGCGGCACGUGGAACAUGAACGGCGCCGCGUUGUCGAACCAGGACAACAUCCACGAUUGGAUGGCGUCCGGCGCGGAGAAUGGCGCCGAGGUGUUUGUGUUUUUCCUCCAGGAGUUUGUGGAGCUGUCCGUGCUGAACGUGCUGAGCGGCCGUACCGAGGAGAACAAGGAGAUGCUGUUCAACGGCAAGAUCCUGCGCGCCCUCGGGGAGCUCUACCGGGGCCGCGGCGUGAAAUUCGUGCACCUGAAGUCGUGCUCCAUGGUCGGGCUGUACAUGACCGUGUUCGUGAGCUACCGUCUGGCCCCGUCGGUGAAGAACAUCGAGACGACUGCGGUGAAGACCGGGUUCAGCGGCAGCGUCGGCAACAAGGGCGCCGUCGGCAUGCGGUUCUCCAUCGGCGGCCACCAGGUGACGUUGGUGGACGUGCACAUAAACUCCGGGAAGCUCCCCACCCGCGUGCGCAUCCAGGAGCUGGACGGCGUGAUGCGGAACGUGUUCCACGAGCACGCGCCCCGGGUGCUGUUCGACUCCGACCUGUUCAUUUUCGCCGGCGACUUUAAUUUCCAGGUCGUGGUCGACGACCGGUACACCACUGCGGACAUCUUCCGUCACAUUUACGGCGGCGGCCUGGACCAGCUGCUGCGUUACGACGAGUUCGUGUCCGACGUGAAGAACCAGCUGCCGUUCGUGAGCCGCCUCCAGGAGGCGCCCAUAAACUUCGACCCCACGUACAAGUUCAAGAAGGGCACCGACUUCUACGACGCGAAGCGCACUCCCGCGUGGUGCGAUCGCAUUUUGUACGGCGGCGCGGGCCUGCCGACCCGCGACCAGCGGGUGCACUGCCUGUUGUACCGCCGCCACAACCUGAUGAUCUCCAGCGACCACAAGGCGGUCUCCGCGCUGUUCGUGCUUGAGGCGCAGAAGGCCCCGGAGCCCGAGGAGGACUCGCCGCUGAUCGACCUGUGA